AUGCAGGCCGUUCCAAGUCUUGUUGGAACGGGCACUGCCAUCGCUGCAGCGGCCAGUGGUUUGGUGUUCGGCCAGCCCACCACCGAACCCAACUCCUCGACUCAACCUGCCUCCCAUUCCAGACGAGUGUCUACAGACCGCGGCUCUCACUCUCGGCCUCCAGCUGCCAACUUUGCUUCGUCACGGCCCGCAACGAGCUCCGUCGCGACGUCUGCACACGGCUCGCACUAUCACACCCUCCCACGCCCGUCCACCGCCUCGAGACCUCCCCUUUCCCGUUACCAGCGACCUCCCAUGCCCCAGACCCAGUCGACUCCUCCCAAGGUCAGCAGCAGGAAGUCGUCGUUUGUGAGGCAGCCCGACUCGCCCGCCAUCAUCCCCGAGUCUCGAGACUCAAUCUCGUCCAAUGGAUCUUGGAUAAGGCGCCUCUCCAUCCGUCCACUGUCUCGUCACGAGAGCUCGAGAUCCAGCGCCGGCCAGGACACUCCCUCCAUCUUCUCACACGGCUCAGCAGCUCCGAUCCUCAGAGGCCCAACAACACCAACUCUCCCCCCGAACAAGCUCGUCAAGCGAUCCACGUCGAACCGCAACGACCCGGACCCACCGCGACGACGUUCGAAAUCCCACCUGCCGACUCUCCCAGUUCUCCGACGACCUGCAACGAGCCACCAGCGGUCAGCGACUCUGCAGCAGUUCCGUCCUGAUUCACCUAUAAUUAAUACCCCGACAUCCAACAAUUUCUCAUUCGACGAUCAUCGGCCCCACGAGUUCCUCACUCCGCCGGCGAUUGACCCCCCGUCAAGAUCAGCAUCUACAAGACGUGGAUGGGCAUCAUUUUUUCAUUCUAGGACAUCAAGCAUCGGCCGCGCAGGCUCGGGCCGGUUCGGUGAGCUGAGCCCGCAUGCUCGAGCACCUGCUAAGCGCAUCUGCAUCGACGACGAGCGAAGCAGGGUCCAUCUGGUGAAACCGAGAAUGGUUUCAGCGACAUCAGCCCCAAGAGGACUGCUGCCGGCCGCUCACAUCCAGGAAGAAGCCCGCCCGGUUCCGGCGCUGGUGGAAUCAACACCGUCCCCCGAGGGCACGCCCUCUCGAGUGCCCCGAAAAUCCGUCUCGAUGCCAUUCGCUUCUGCAGGUACGUGGGCGGUAAAGUCAGGGAGUAUUCGGCGGCCAAAACGUGGCGCAGAACCCAGGAUCGGAAAUAAGCGACAUGUGUCGGAACCGGUCACUGGCGCGCAGGCUGGCGCCGAGGCUCGAGCCAAUCCGCCGCUGGAAUUGACCCUCCCCCCAUCAUCACCAUCGCCGGGCCGGCAGGGAUUGUCCCUUGGUUCAGCUGCUGUUGCGCAGUUGCGAACGCGUAAAAGGAACUCGUCGUCACCAGUCCCCCCGCUUUCAAGGCUUUCAAGUUUCCAUGUGGAUGCGUCGCGGUUAGGGUCUUCUGGCGGGGUCUCCAACCACACCCGGCCUAACCAGCCCUCUGGAAGUUCUGUCAGCUCCACUGCGAUGUCACAACUUAGGGCACCGCAGCACGACAGGACUUCUACCAUGGAGAGUUCUGAGGACACCAGGGACUGUACCUCUGGCGACGACGAUGACACCGACUUCAAGAGUGACACCAUGUUUGACUCGCUGCGCACCGUCGGAUCUGGUCGCGCCCGAGCCGUCGAGACUCCGCUGGAGUCCAUGUACGACGAAUCACCACCGAGCACAGCCAACGGCAAUGGAAAGACCAAGCGCCUGUCCAUCCAUGAGAUGCUCGGUCGGACCUGGGAUGAGGAUGACAAGAUCAUGGAGGAGGACGAGAAUGUCACGCCUGUCCGCACCGUCAACCGGGACGCUAACCGCCGGGAGUCACCGCGCUUCAGGAUCGACUCGUCCCCCCGCAACGUAUCAAUCUCUGCAACCAAGGAGUACAGCAGGCUGUCCUUGGACGACGACUUUGACGACGAUUGGGCCAGGGAUGACGAGCUUCCAUGCAACCCCCUGUCGCCUCCCUCCAAAGGGAGCUCGUUGAAUUCCAGGGGCAUCAACCCCAACGUGCGUCUCGCCCUCGCCAACAUUAGUGGUAAUGGACUGCCCGACCACGAUCACAAUGAACGCCCUCUUAGCACCCUCUUUGACUGGAGCGAGCCCCCGACUCACGACAAGUUUGACUCUGGACGGUCACCUCGGCCCAAGACGGCCUAUGCUAAGCAGGAGAUGGACUCUAGAGGUGGACGGUCAGCCAUCCGCAAAGGUCCCACGCCGACACAUGUGCGAAGCCAGAGUGUCCCCGUGGUGCACGACUCCCCUGAUGACUCCAAGUCGGCUUCAAAAUAUGGCACAUGGGGCAUGGGGACAAAGACUGCCAGCGAGGACUGGGACGACGACUUUGAGUUUGGUGGCAGCAGUCUGGGUAGCAACGACAAAGAUGACAAGGUGUUUGCAGUUCCAGAGUCGAUCCGCGCGACGCAACCGAGUGUCAAAGCCCACUCGGGACACAUUCGCGAGUUUUCCCUUCUCGUCAACGACUUGAAGCGUCUCUGCCGCCACGGGCGAGACAUGGAUAUUCUCGAUGGACCACAGAGCCACCUGUGGGAGGAGGCUGAUGGUAUCAUUGCCCUGGCAUCCCCCGAUGAAGAGUCGCUGGAUGAGGAUGAUGACCAAAAGUCGACGUCGUCGAUCAACUUUGACGCAUUCGAUAUCGAUGAACGCUUUGGUGAUGAAGGAUUCGACGCACACUCGAUGGACCGGCUCGACGCUGCGUUUGACGGCCACGAGCCCGCAAUGUCAAAGACUGCUGUUGUACGAGAACGCCACUCUCCCCGCCGCCGAUCCGUCUUUUCCCCCGAGGACGACAUCUUUGGCAACUGGCCACUGACAGACAACCAUCAGCCGAGUCGACCGAGCCGUCCCCGGACACCCGAGAACCGGCACAGCAAAGCCCAUGACGUAUCCGGAGUGGUCCGUUCAGUCAUUGGGGCUAUGCAGCAUCGCGUAUCCGACCAAGCGCCCAACGAUGGCAAGGUGCACUUUGACACAAACAGCCUCAAGGCUCUGGUUAAGAGGGCUGGUGAUUUGCGAGACUCGCUGUCCGAUAUUAUUCGACGAGCCGAUCAGAUCACGCAGAGUCCAGUGAAAACCCCUCGACACGAGCGUCACGACUCUAGCCCAGCCUUUACUCGAGUUUUCGACGAUCCCAACUCAAGCCCGCAACGAAGAGGCAUCCGAAGCCGCGGCAACAAUUCACUGAUGGAGGUGUCACCGGAAAACUCGCCCUCAUCCGGGCUGCCACAGCGGAUGCAAAUGAUGACUGUCAACUAG